GCGGCGAACGGGAAGAUGAUGCUGUACGAGUCGUUUGCUCAGGCGACGGCACUCGGUGACCUGCACACCUGUCUGAUGAUGGACAUGAAAGCGUGUCAGGAGGACGACGUCCGUCUGCUCUGCUACCUCACCCCCUCCAUCUACUCCGAGUUUCCAGACGAGACGUUACGGAGCGGCGAGCUGCUCAACAUGAUCGUUGCCGUCAUCGACUCCACACAGGUAACCGCUCCAACCCACCUGAGCUCACCUGCUCAGGAACCAGGAGGGAACUCUGCAGAAAAGUCCUGGACCCUGCAGAGACCGAGUUCCAGGCCUUUAAAAGUUUUAGAUAAAUAUACCCUGAAAGUUUUGGAAAAGACCUGGAAUUUAGUUUCACAAACCU